AUGCGGACUCACACAGGUGAGAAAUCUUACAGGUGUGAGGAGUGUAGCAGGCAGUUCGGUCUUUUCCAUCAUCUGAAGACCCACAUGCGGACUCACACAGGAGAGAAACCGUAUAGGUGUGAGGAGUGCAGCAGACAGUUCAGUCAGCUAAGUGAUCUGAAGAGACAUGUGCGGACCCAUACAGGAGAGAAACCCUACACAUGUGAGGAAUGCAGUAGCCAGUUCAGUCAGCUGGAUCAUUUGAAGAAACACAUGCGGACUCACACAGGGGAGAAACCCUACAAGUGUGAGGAGUGUAGCAGGCAUUUCAGUCAGCUCGGUAAUCUGAAGACGCACAUGCGGACUCACACAGGGGAGAAACCUUACAGAUGUGAGGAGUGCAGCAGGCAGUUUAGUCAGCUGGGUGAUCUGAAGAAACACAUGCGGACUCACACAGGGGAGAAACUCUACAGGUGUGAGGAGUGCAGCAGGCAGUUCAGUGUGCUGGGUGCUCUGAAGAAACACAUGGAAACUCACACAACAGAACUUGUACAAGUGUGUUGCACAAGAUCUAGGAGGAUGUCGACAACAAGCAGUGCCCAGAGUUUGGGUAAUGUCAGGAGAAAGGCGAAAAGGGAUUCUUCUGUGCGAUCUGUCAGAGAGGAGAAACGCUUCAGGUGUGAGGAGUGCAACAAACAGUUCAGUCAGCUGAGUGAUCUGAAGAAACACAUACGUACUCACACAGGGGAGAAACCCUACAAGUGUGAGGAGUGCAGCAAGCACUUCAGUCAUCUGGGUAAUCUGAAGGCUCACAUGCGGACUCACACAGGGGAGAAAUCCUAUAAGUGUGAGGAGUGCAGCAAGCGGUUUAGUCAGCUGGGGAAUCUGAAGACUCACAUGCGGACUCACACAGGUGAGAAGCCUUACAAGUGUGAGGAGUGCAGCAGGCAGUUCAGUCAGCUGGGACAUCUGAAGAGUCACAUGCGGACUCACACUGGGGAGAAGCCUUACAAAUGUAAGGAGUGUAGUAGGCAGUUUAGUGAGCUGCGUAAUCUGAAGACUCACAGACAAACUCACACAGGAGAGAAACCCUACAAGUGUGAGGAGUGCAGCGGGAAGUUUAGUCAGCUAGGUGAUCUGAAGAAACACAUGCGGACCCACACAGGGGAGAAACCCCACAAAUGUGAGGAGUGCACCAAACAGUUCAGUCAGCUGAGUUAUUUGAAGACUCACAUGCGGACUCACACAGGUGAGAAACCCUACAGGUGUGAGGCGUGCAGCAGGCAGUUCAGGGAGCUGGAUGCUUUGAAAAGACACAUGCGGACUCACACCGGUGAGAAACCCUACAAGUGUGAGGAGUGCAGCACGCAGUUCAAUGAGCUGGGUAAUCUGAAAACCCACAUGCGGACUCACACAGGUGAGAAACCCUACAGGUGUGACGAGUGCAGCAGGCAGUUCAAUGAGCUGGGUACUCUGAAGACCCACAUGCGGACUCACACAGGGGAGAAACCCUACAAGUGUGAGGAGUGCAGCAGGCAGUUCAGUCAGCUGGGAAAUUUGAAGACUCACAUGCGGACUCACAAAGGGGAGAUGCCUUACAAGUGUGAGAAAUGCACAAAACAGUUUAGUCGACUGAAUAGUCUAAAGAAACAUUUGCGGACUCAUACAGGGGAGAAACCCUACAGGUGUGAGGAGUGCAGCAGGCAGUUUAGUGAGCUGGGUGCUAUGAAGACUCACAUGCGGACUCAUACAGGAGAGAAACCUUACAAGUGUGAGGAGUGCAGCAGGCAGUUCAGUCAGCUGGGAAAUCUAAAGACUCACAUGCGGACUCACAGAGGAAACUCGAAGGUGUGGUGAGAGCAGCAGGCAAUCCAGGUGAUCUAACCUUUGACGGACUAACUCCGGACUUGUUCAGUAAUGAGCAACCCACCGCUUCUGUGACGUUAUGUUAUGCAGAUGCAGAGACGAGGGUUGCCAUCAUUAAAGUUCUGUUAGUCAUGCUUUCUACUUUAGACGACACAUAAGCGUUGUACUGCUCAUCUCGUGCAAAAGUCUUGAGUUUUACAGUUGAAAAUAUGGAAAAGUCCAAUUUUUGUUAGAAAUUACAGUUCAGCGUUUCCCCGUUAUUAAAGUAGUUUUAUUCCGCAUGAGUAGUUGGUUGUGGUUUCAUAGAAGUUGUAUAGAAGGUUCUAAGAUAUUAGUUUUGUUGGAAACUUAUAGUAUUCAAGUUGAUUUCCUGUCUUUUAACUUCGAUGAUUUCUUUCAUAGAACAACUUAGCAUUGUUUUUGUAAAGUAGAAGAUAAUGUUGUUUUCUUAAAGUUUAACUUAGCAUUGUUUUUAAACCUAGAACCAAGGUCGUUAUAAACAGUCCUUGCUAGAACCUAACAUGCUGUUUGUAAGCUAUAACUAAACAUUGUUUUUUUUGUACCUUAAUUGACAAAUGAGGAACAGUAGCAAGUUAAUGAGUACGUGGGGAAGUUAGUAGGCUUUACGAGUGAACUUACAACCAGAGAUGAUGAUAAAUGUAUUAUUUUCCUGUUCUUCUAGGAAUAGUAGCUCUAGUUUUGUAUAUAUGUAUUUUUUAUAUAUUUUAGGCUUCUUGUUUGAGUUUAGAUGGGAUAACAAAAGACUGGUAGAAAAGUUAGGAAAAUUAAGUAAGAUAAGUUCACUUUAAAUGAUUAGUAACUAUCUUUGUUGUUGGUUUUUGAUAGUUUGCAUUUAUUUAUUUUGUUAACAGUUGCUUUCAA